UCUCAUAGCGGAGGAUGAAAUGCUGCCCAUGUGACUCCAGGAACCCCAGUGGUCAGCUCGCCCACACCAUCCAAGACAUCCUCACCACCUCUGGACCGGACAGGUGGUGGCAGUCCAGCAAAGGGGUGAAUCCAGUCACUAUCCAGUUGGACCUCAAUAACUUGUUCCAGCUUGACAACCUGGUGCUCAGCUUCAAGGGUCCUCGUCCCAAAGCCAUGGUCAUAGAGAGGACACUGGACAACGGUCGGACAUGGCAGCCUGCUCUCUACUUGGCUGAAAACUGUGAGCAAGCUUUUCCUGGGAUCCAAACCACCUCUCCUCUGAGUCUAGACCAGACUUACUGCACCAGGCUGCAACCCCAUAUAAAUCCAUAUCAAGACGAAACAAUUGAGUUCAGCCCAUUACGUCAGUACACCUUUGCGCCGGUGUCUAACAGCCAGAAAAUAGAAGAUAAGUCCGGCUUCACGGGACUCCGCCUGACGCUGACUGAGUUGGGGGAUGUGCCUCGUUUACCGGGCAGAUCCCUCAGUAAGUUCUUCGCCCUAAAGGAAAUGAGAGUGAUGGGCACCUGCAUGUGCCAUGGACACGCGGACCGGUGCCUGCCAGAGGAAUAUGUUAACCCAAACUCCAACACCAUACAG